ACAGCAGGAUUAGUCAGGGUUAUUUUACAGUGGGACUUUCCCUGGUCAUAAACACAUUUUGUUCAUGUUGAAUUAUAUUUUAUUUCUCCAUAUAUCUAAGUCAGGAGAUAAAGACUCCACCUGCAGUAAAACAGGAUGACGCUCAGUCUCCUUCUUGAAGAUGCAGCAGCUUCUUCAGCCUGCAGAUUGUAGGCUGAAAGCAUUUCUGUGCAGCAUUAAAAAUAGCAUCUCCACCUUUUCUCUUCUCUGUGCUGAAUAUUUCAGUCAGCUGAGGAUGCUCGGACGGCUCAGCCUCCAACGCCCCGUCCCCCGCCCUGCAGACACGGCGUAAAAACGCUCCAGAAAUCACAUUCGGGCGCAUUACGGAGCAAGAUGGCGCUCUUGCUGUCAGCACCUCGGACAGCACCGGUGGCUUGCACACAAAUCCCGCUAUUCUUUUAACUUCUAAUUAAUUUCUGUCCAUUUAGACGGUUGCCAUGUGUUAAAUCUCUGCGGGUCAGAGUUCUGGGGUGGUGUUAGAACUUCCAGGUGAAGGUGGGAGGAACAAACAGCUGCUCUCAAACAGGACUCGUUCCUUCUCAUCUUCAGGGGGGACAACCUGAACCAAGUUACUCAGAAGGAGAACAGAAAAGAGAUUCAUAUCUGCGGUAAAAAGUCAGCAGCUGGUUAAAACAGGCAUAUCGGGAGGAGAGAUGAAACGACGUGUUGCGGAGUCACGGUGGACCCACAGCAGAAAUGAAGCUCUGAUCUCCCGGUUUCCUGUCUUCUGAGUCCCGCAGUGUUUUUCCUGGUUUUCCGGCCCUGCAGCCCCUGCUGGGAAGAUGCUGGCGCUCUUGGCGGCGGUGUGUUCGGUUCUGUUCAUCCCCGGCUGUGCCCUCAGCUCGCAUUUCAACCCCGAUGGCACUCCGCUGAGCGAGCUCUCCUGGUCAUCCUCCCUGGCUGUGGUUGCCAUCUCCUUCUCGGGCCUCUUCACCUUUGUCUUCCUCAUGCUGGCCUGCCUCUGCUGCAAGAAGGGCAAAAUGGGCUUCAAGGAAUUUGAGAAUGCGGACUGUGAUGAGUACCAUGCAGACAUGUCCACCUUGGCCUCACCGGCUUCCCAGGGCACUCCGGACGUCUACAUCCUGCCGCUCACUGAGGUGUCCCUACCGACCACUAAGCAGCCGACACGAUCCGCCCAGCUGCUGAGGUCCUUUGAACUGAGCCGCCACAGUCUGCUCUACCUGAAAGAGAUCGGACAUGGAUGGUUCGGGAAGGUUCUGCUGGGGGAGGUGAACACGGGCCUGAACACCACCCAGGUGGUGGUGAAGGAGCUUAAAGCCAGUGCCAGUGUGCAGGAGCAGAUGCAUUUCCUGGAAGAAGCACAACCUUCUCGCACACUCCAGCACCCGGCUCUGCUGCAGUGCCUGGCCCAGUGCACAGAGGUCACCCCCUACCUGUUGGUCAUGGAAUUCUGUCCACUGGGGGAUGUGAAGGGUUACCUUCGAAGCUGCAGAUCUAACGAGGCGAUCACCCCUGAGCCCCUGAUCCUGCAGAGGAUGGCCUGUGACAUCACAUCAGGACUGCUGCACAUGCACAAACACAGCUUCACUCACAGUGACCUGGCCCUGAGGAACUGCUUGCUGAGUGCUGACAUUUCAGUGAAGAUCGGAGAUUAUGGUCUGGCCCACACAAAGUAUAAGGAGGAUUUCUACGUGACCUCGGAUCAGAUGUAUGUGCCACUGCGCUGGAUCGCUCCUGAGCUAGUGGAUGAGGUUCAUGGAAACCUGCUGAUAGGUGAUCAGACCCAGCAGAGCAACAUCUGGUCUCUUGGUGUGACUAUCUGGGAGCUGUUUGAGCUGGGAAACCAGCCCUACAGACACUACUCUGACAGACAGGUCCUGACAUAUGCUGUAAGAGAGCAGCAACUGCGACUACCCAAGCCGCUGCUCAGAGUCCCCCUGGCUGAGCGCUGGUAUGAAGUGAUGCAAUUCUGCUGGCUCAAACCUGACCAGAGACCCAAUGCAGAGGAAGUGCACCUGUUGCUCAGCUAUCUUUGUGCAAAAGGGGCCAGCGAGGCCGAAGAGGACUUCGAGAGGCGCUGGAACUCUUUGCGUCCUAAUCCUGGAUUCAGCAGCAACCAAACCACCUCGACGAUGGCUAGAGACCAACCCCCAUCAAGCUCCUCUUCUUUCCCUCUGCUAGAGCAGUUUGCAUCUGGUGAUGGAUACCAUUCAGAGUCUGGAGAUGACAUACUGACAGUCACAGAGACCAGCCACGGCCUGAACUUUGAGUACAAGUGGGAGCAAGCUGGAGCAGAUGCAUCCUAUAUAGCCCAAGAGUCCCCAAGUAUGUGUGCUCACACCAACCGUCAUUGUCCAGAAGUAUUUUAUCCACCAGGGGGCAUUGUUGGAGGAUGUCCUAUGGAGAGCCUGAGUCAUGGAGUUUCUCCUCCUUACUAUCAACAAAAACACUUGCAUCCACCCAGUGUGCUCCCUGUCCUCAGUGCCCAUAGCCCCUCAGUAAGCAGUGAAUAUUAUAUCCGUAUUGAGGAGCCCGUGGACUGUAACAUGGAUCCAGAUUACAACAUGUGCUCCUACAGCCCAGACUUUCAGGGCAGCAGUGGGAGCUUCCUGACUGGUAGUGCAGACUCUGGUGAAUGCAUGGCCUGCCCAUCACAAACAAAAAACAUGGGUCCCUAUUGGUCUGCGGAAAUCCACAAAUCUGACCCGUAUGACUCGAAUGACUCGAGUCCAGCCAUCUCCUUGACAAUGGAGCCACUUUUAGGUCAAAUUUCAGACAGCAGCCCCCUUCGACCAUGGGAAUCAAGUCAUUAUGUGUCCUAUAAAGACAGAGACGGGGGCUACUACUAUGAGCACUCCCCUCCUUUAGAAAUAGAUCCCUAUCUGAUUGGAAGUGAGCAUUCUAGCGAGCAUCAUCAAGAAAGCUGGGGGUCUAGAAGCCUUCGUCAGGCUUUAGGAGAACUGGAGAACCCUCUUGGUAUAUCCCCUUCUGUAAACAGUCUACCUGAACAGGCUUACACUGAGUCUUACCUGGACACCAGUCAGACCUCCCUCUUAGGGAAGAACAUGAUGGGGGGUUACUAUGACAUGAUGGGCUCUCUAAGGAAGACCAUGCCCAGCCACACGAGGCACAAUAGCCACUCUGUCAAUAUUAACAUGAAGACCAGAGGAGCACUCUUCGUCGGACAAAGAGACAGCGAUUCAGAGGAAGAAGAAGAGGACAUAUUUAUUGAGAGACACACUUGCAACACAUGGCCUUCGAAACACCGGCACAGCAGUGCUGGCCAUCACAGGCGGGCGAGCCACAGCUGCAGACAGGACUCCUACACCGACUUUAACUACACCAUGCCAAGUACAGACAUCGAAGACACUUGGCCGGACCAGCACAGCCUGGCUUUUCACUCUCUUCCCAAACCCAUUGACUAUCUAGAGCCACACCAGGCCAAAGAUAACAGUGCUUGCCUUAGUCUGAGUAAACAGGACACCAUUGUGCCCUCAGACAACUGCAAUGCCUACAUCUACCUGUGCCACGAAGGGGACACUCAGGUGCCACCAUCUGGAGAGUGCUGCCACAACCAUUUUGUUGACCCACUCACUGGUUUGUUAGUGAGAAACAACAACUACUGUUACAACUACAGUCACAGCAACUACAUUACAGAUAAGGCCACUGAUAUUCUCAGCAGUGAGGAGUUGAUCAAUCUAUCACCGGCUCCUGGGGGUCCCAUUGUUUCCAAACAUGCUUUGAUAAAGUCUGACGACUGUGACAGGCAGCAUGGUAAUGUUACAUCUGAUGAAACACCAAUUAAGGAGAAGCAAGAGGAAGUUAUCAAAGAAAAUCUGAUCAUGCAGAAACCACCAGAGCCUAGAAAAGAAGAGGUAACUCUGAUGAUGACCAAAAGUACUCCUCCUCCUGACAACAGGCACGUGAUGGUUUGCAUUACAGAUCCACAGUCAGAGCUGAGCCACACAGCUGACAGCGGUGUGGACCAAGGUGGCUCCACUGUAAGCCUCGCUGACAUCCUCGACUGCAGCGACGAAGAUGACGGCAUAACAGACGUCACUUCAGGCAUCUUUGCAGAUGAGGGCAGUGAUUUGACCGCAUCUCCGGCUUUCAAAUCUUUGCAGAAACAAGUAGGAACUCCUGAUUCCACGGACUCAAUGGAUCUUCCAUCUGCUGCUGGAUCUUGUGAAGGACUCAGCCCUGCAUCCUCCCUACCAUCCAGCUCACCUAAAGCCAUGGACAGUGGUUAUGAUACAGAGAAUAAUGAGAGUCCUGAGUUUGUCCCCAAAGAAUCCCAUGAAACCCGACCACAACCUCAGGCGAAGCUUACCCUGGAUUCCAGUCUGGAGGAAGUUGAGGAGAACCAUGAGGAAGAGGAUCAAGCAGCCCCAUCAGAGGUUCAAGUAUCGUUGGGUCAAGACUUGGUUUUGGAAAGCUUGCAGACAGAAGACCCCAUUCUUUUACCACUGAGUAACAAGACUCCUUACAGAGACUCUGCCUACUUUUCAGAUUGUGAGAAUGAAAAGCAAAGUCGGGAUGAGGAGAGGGAACUUCAGCUGAAAGAAGCGGAUCAUCACAGUGAUGGUGAGAAACAGCACAUGGAGAGAAAAACGACGGAGAAAAGGAAAAGUGCAGAGGAGGAAAAACUAAAAGAUUUUGUGGUGAACAGAGGCCUAAAACUUGAAGUGUACCAUGAUCCAAAAGGCCAAACAAAAUCUCCUCCUCCAGAGAUAUGCUUGACAGAGGAGCACUGCCAGGAAGAGGAACCUUUAGAUUCAACCUUAAUUGCCGAGGGGAUACUUGAUGAAUGGCCAUCCCAUGAAGAGAGUUCAGCCUUGGGGGACUGGGCAGCUGAGGUGGUGGGGGCCAUGGAGGAAGCUCUUGGUGCCCUUAAAGAAGACUGUACCUCCAGCUUUAAGGAAGAGAAAGAAAUGAAGGACAUAAAAGAUUCUGUUGAGGCUUGCAAGAUGGAGGAAACACCAAUGAAAACAAUUCACAAAAGGCCGUCAGGGAUGUCUGGCGAAAUCUUGCACAUCUUACCCAAAGAUGAGGUGGCGCUGCAGCACACAGCUAAUAGCAGGCGGUUCUCUUCUUCCUCACCAAUCUCUCCAUCCAUCCCACAACCUCCACUUCCCGCAACAGAAGAGCAAUCAUUUCCCGCUGCCGGUGAGGAGGCCAACAAGGAGGACGCUGAUACAGACAGCGACGAGUCAGAUGAGGAGCUGCGAACCUACAGUGUGCAAGAGGAGAACGAAAGUGAGGAAGAGUGCCACCCUGUGCCCAUAGUGUUGAGCGACAACAGCCAGGCUCACAAACUGCGAAGUCUCCUCAAGAUGCCAUCGCUGUCUGCAGGGGACCUGGAGGAGGAUCACAAGAAGAAGACAGUGUCUUUCUUUGACGAUGUUACCGUCUACCUGUUUGAUCAGGAGAGUCCAACUAAAGAGCUGGUUGAGCAUGGCGUCCCAUUAGCAUCAGUGGGUUCAAGCUCUGGAAGGAAAUCCCAGGAAAGGCCUAAUGUCUCCGAUGGUUCUUCAGAUGGAAACAUCUCAGAAGAGAGUGCAGGGUUUGAGUGGGAGGACGACUUUCCCCUGCUACCUCUAUCAAUGUCCUCAACGGCAGCCGACUCUCCUCCUCCUCGCUCCGUCACCAAAGGUCCGGAGCCCAAACCAGUCCAAUUGUCCCGCUUCACCGUCUCCCCAUCCAACGUGUCCCGGUUCUCCAUCACUCACAUUUCUGACUCGGAUAUGGACUCUGUAGGAGGAAGCAGUGAAGAUGGAGACAAGGAAUAACAAGCCUCUGUGACAACAGCUGGGACUAUUUUAGCAUGACUUCAGAUUUUUUUAUAUUAUUAUCAUUAUCAUUGUAAUGUCAGGUUUUUCAAACACAAGACAGUGCCUCUUACUGCCUGCGGACACUUUGAAAAUGAUGUCCUCAUGUAACACUGGCCUGAGUAGUUUAAAAAAGCCUAAAAGGAUAAUGAUAAAAAUAUCAAAUUUUAAGAAGGCUGCAUAAAAGAUGACCUUCUUAAAAGAGCGCAGAGUUUGGCCCCACAUAUUUUUGGAUCAAAAACAUCAUGGUAUGAAAGACCUUUGGUGGAAAUGGACACAUUGGGCACCUUUUUCAUUUUUUCAUUCAGAACUGGAAUCAUUCAUAAAGAUGUGGAGCCAAUCUUAACUACCUUGGCAGGACAAAGAAACCUGCUGUCAGAUUGUUGCUAAUUAAAACACAUCCACUCCGUGGCUUUUCAACAAAGGACGAGCACUUUGAACAAGACUAAUCAGCUUCAGCCUUUCUACUUUUAGCAAAUGUUUUACUUGUACUAAUAAAUACCAUGAAUGCUUGAGGUAUCACAAGUAAUAUAAUGUUAAUAUUUGGUUCAUGUAGAGAGAUUGGACAUUGUGGUGGUAAUGGGAACAUGAGCAGCUGUCUGGUUAAAGACUGAACUGUCUGUCAAAUCUGAACUACCCAACUGUUCUAGACACUUUUUUUUUUCAUCAGUUUCACAAAAAAGAACAUCUUUGCCACCAAACUGAGUCCAUGGCAACCAACAACUGAAAGCGUCACAGAACAACUUUCCCCAAAGUGACUUGCAGCACUUUUCUUUAACAAUACACAGUUUCAAGAAUCUAGGAACCACUGUAAGAAUGAUUCAAACAAAAGGAAAGAGUGACAUUAGUUAUAUCCAACAAUAGGUGUGCAUGUUUGCAUAUUUUCUGCUUCGGUUGAGAAAUAAUUCAUAUACAAGAUGGGUUUUUCUUUUGGUUAUUCUGAACACAUAAAGGUCACUUCAUCACAUUGAUGCAAAGAUCUUGUAAAUUCAGAGCAGAUUGAAAGCUCUAAAGUUUACUGGUUCACAACAUCCACAGAUACUGUUCAUCACACUGUUAUGCAGCACAGAUUGGCACAGCAGCACCAAACAGCACUAUUGUAUUGUCCUCACAGCAGUUUCAGCAGUUGGGCUUUUGGAAGAUUAUGUCUCAGUACAUAAUAAAAAUAACUUUAAAUUGAUAGCUGUAAAUGCAAAGCGAUGGCAUUAACAUAUUUAUAACAAAAACAAAACUGUAUCCUUGAAAUCAACUUUAAAAGGACUUAUUUUUUAAAUGCCUCAUUCCCAAAACUGUGCUUCAUAUCAUCUUACAGUCAAUUAUUCUCUUUAUAAUCCAUCUAUCAAUCUUUAACCUUUUAUCUGAACCCAAUCAUAGGACAAACAGCUUCGGCAGAGACCCCCCGACCUCCCUCUUCCCAGCUACUUCUUCCAUCUCAUCCAAAAUAACUCUAAGGUGUUCCCAAGCCAGCUGUGAUAUAUUUUCUCUGUCCAGCAGGUCCGUGGUUUGUAUACCUCCUACCAAUGGGAGAGAGCCACAAUGGAAAAGUUGGCUUUUUUCAAAUUGGAUGGGGUCAGCCAUUCUAAGUGAGGAAUCACAUUACAGCCACAAGUAUUUGCAGUCUCGUUCCUUUGGUCAUUACCCACAGCUCAUCAACAUAAGUUGGCAUUAAAGUCUAGAUCAGCCUUUCAGCUCUCCUCCUCCCUAACUAUAACAGAACAGUACAUUGUCUUUAUCACUGCAGAUUGUGCACUCAUCCAUUUGUUGAUCACCGGCUCCAUUCUACCCCAAUUUGUCCCGGAUUCUGUUCACAGUUUCUAAGAGCAGAAUUUCCAGGUGCAACUACAAGGUGAGGGGUUUCCAGACAGACUUCAGUAACACGACAUGUUCUCAACUAGUAAUGUAAUUUGCCAUAAACACCAUUACUGUCCCACAGAUGGUUUAACAUGCAAGCUGUUAACAAAACAUUUAAUUAUGGUGAAAGAACAAUGCAUCUCCUAUGUUAACAUUCAGAAAUGUUAAACCACAGAGAAAACCUUUGGUAUCAUAAUCUUAGACUUAUCAGGACUUUCGAUUGUAUUAUCGCAUAUUUCCCCCUACUGGCUAGAUCAAGGGUCUGCAACCAGCACCUUCAGUCCUACAAUUGGCUCUUUGGACUUUCCACAGUGGCUCUUAAAAUUAUAUAGAACCAACUUAAAUUUUUAAAUAUAGAUUUAAUAACAAAUGCAGGUUUUAGCCAUUUUUCAUUUUUUUCAUUGAAUAAUCGCAUUGAAUUUCUUGUGUCUGUAAGAUUUUUUUGACAUUAGAUUAGAAACUAAUGGGGUUUUUUUUACAUAAUUUUUCACAAAUAACAUCUCAGAAAUAUGGGAAAUGUAAAGAAAAUGUGCCCAUCCUAUUUUAGCCAAAGAUUUAUGAUUUUUCUGUAUUUGAAAACCUAAAAAUAAAAAUUACAAUUUUCUUUUAGUAGAUCAAAUAUAAAUUUUCUUUUUUUAUAGGACAUGUAACAUUUGUGGCUCUCAACGAGUCUUAUUUAGCUGGACUGAGGGCAAAAAUUACUCAUUGGAUUGUAAAGGUUGCAGACCCCUGAGCUAGAUGCUACUAGAAAUUUCUGAGUUCAGUUCCUCCAAGGUAAAAACAUCUAGCUUAUCCUGAGUUUUGCGAAUCAUUUUGAUUUUUUGUAGGACUAGAGUCCAUGGUGUGCUCCUUUCUUCCUGGUUCCUCCUAAUGCUUCUGCUGGUCCAUUUUGCCAGUGUAAGAUCAAUCAAUCAGGAAGAGUCUACCUGGGUUGCACUUCUAUGAUAAAAUGUCCUUUUGAUGCAGAGCUGAAGCACAGCAGAGAUAGAUCAAUUAAUUAAAAGUUAACAGUUACCAGGUUCUGUUUUAAACAUUCAGUGUUUGUUCUCUGUCACUGGUUUGUAAGAGUGAUUGAAAGUACUUGACUCUACUGUCACUGUAACCUGCUGUUUAUUCACUACAGAUUUGUCCUCUCACUCUGGGAUUAGCUUAACAGGUUAAACAUUUCCUAUUUAAAACCCGAGCCAUAUUGUUUUUGGGUGGGACUCCUGAGUUAUAACAAUUUAGUCUGAUUGGUUGGGUCAGCUGAAAGGCAGAAGGCGUACCAUAAAGUGUGACAAUGCUGUGAUUUUUGUGUCAAAACUAAAAAAUAAAGACACUGAUGAGUUCCCAGAGCCAUGAAAAUGCAGGUUUCUGCUUUUAACCAACAUGUAGUGUCCUCUAUGUGUUUGCCUUUCAAGGCUUUAAUAUUCUGUAACAAUUUAGCAUAGAAACAUUGGCGGUCUGUAAUAUUUUUGUAUUGAGAGAAACAUACUUUGAGCUUAGCUUAACCUGUGAGGCAGGGAAUGGAAGAAAGAUAGGAGCAUCUACAUCUACUGUUGCCAAAGACAUGUUGUGUUGUGUUUCAGGGUCAAGUACAACUGGUGUUGUUUUCACCCCAAAGCAAAGACAGAGAAAAGGAACAAGACAGCAGCUUUGGCCUGAACUGAUUGUAGAAAUGUGCAGGAGGAGGAUUGGAAUACUGUCUGUAAUAUGUGCCCGCACUAUGACCUGUUCAAACCAUUACUUUCUGUACUUUCUAUUAGAUAUAAAUAAACUCUGGUUUACACAG